GGUCCUGCCAUCGCGAAGUUUAUCACAGUUUUGAGUGGCUCGUACAGCAACAGAGAUGAACAGCUCUACAGCCAGGCUACUGACGGUAGGAUGCAUCACAGCCUUAUCGAAGCUUUAUUUUAUCCAGUGGAUGUGCCUUCUCUGUAUCCAGUAAGUUGCUUUCCAAGUCGGAUGUUCUCUGAUGUCAAAUUUCUGUCAACACUUUGUCUAUCUUAACAAUGCACAUUUCUGACUUAAUAUCUUAACACUGUACACAACUUAGGCUCAGUAUCUUAACAUUGUGCCACUUAGACUAAUUAAUUAUCUUAACAAUGCAAAAUGUAGACUAAGUAUAAUAACAUUGUGCCACUUUGACUCAUUAUUUUAAUCUCCCACUGACAUUUAGCAAUUACAAAACAAAAUAUUUUUUUUAAACUCCUACACUCACUAAGCUAUACUCGUCUUUUCCAUGGACGCUUUUUACAUCUGAUAUUACAGAUUUAAAUAGUUAUAUUUGUUUCCAUAACAAUACCUGAUUGAAGAACCUGAGAAAUUUUCUUUUUAAAUUUCCGUACAUUUCUCCCCCACAUACACGUAUUUGAAAUGUUGAAAUGUCACUUUCAGGCACUUAGCAUUUACCUGGAAGAGAAAGCUGACAACGUUGUCAUCAGAGCAGAGAUCUUGGCUGUGAUGGAGGCAGCGCCGAAACUCUUUCACCUUCAACCCUACGACAUCAGCAACUCCGUUGUUGUCACGUGAGUCAUUUAGAGGUCUGCAGGUUUGGUUAAGUUCCACAAUUGAAGCAUUUUCAUAUUAGGCGUUGUUUUAUUUUUAUUGUUUUUUUUUUAAAAUAUAUAUAUGAUCAUGCUCCUCUUAAUGUAAAUCACAUGACGGAGACAAAAGUGUGACCUCUGACGGAGUUCAUCGAUGGCUGAUUUCAACGCCGGAGAACGAAACGCUAGAAGACGUCUUGUGUUUAAAUUGUUAUCAUUGUAAGAUGUUGGCUUAAUAUGUAUGUAACCAUUUGCUGAAAUGAAUAUGAACAUUGUACUUUAAAAAAGAAAAAAAACUUUUCAUUGAUUUGGAUCAACAAAAGAACCUCACCUCAUCUUUUGUAUUAAAUUAAGGCGUGAUGACAUCCCGAGUAUAGGUAAGCCAAGUAAUAUGUCGAUUCCUAAACCAUUAUAGUUAACCUAGCGAUCCAUUAAGUUUUUCUUCAUUGUCUUGAGAAUUAUGCAAAUUUCGUUUACUGAAAUAACAGUAUCAGUAAGGGACUGAAAUAACAGUAUCGGCAAGUUACUGAAAUAACAGUAUCAGCAAGUUUCUGAAAUAACAGUAUCAGCAAGUUACUGAAAUAACAGUAUCGGCAAGUUACUGAAAUAACAGUAUCAGUAAGGGACUGAAAUAACAGUAUCGGCAAGUUACUGAAAUAACAGUAUCAGCAAGUUUCUGAAAUAACAGUAUCAGCAAGUUACUGAAAUAACAGUAUCGGCAAGUUACUGAAAUAACAGUAUCGGCAAGUUACUGAAAUAACAGUAUCGGCAAGUUACUGAAAUAACAGUAUCGGGAAGUUACUGAAAUAACAGUAUCAGCAAGUUACUGAAAUAACAGUAUCGGCAAGUUACUGAAAUAACAGUAUCAGCAAGUUACUGAAAUAACAGUAUCAGCAAGUUACUGAAAUAACAGUAUCAGCAAGUUACUGAAAUAACAGUAUCGGCAAGUUACUGAAAUAACAGUAUCAGCAAGUUACAGAAACACUCCAUGCACAUUCAUGUUAAAAAAUUGAAAUGAGAGCAAGUUGAUAGCUGUGUCAGCAAUUUGAUAGCUGUGUCAGCAAGUUGAUAAUUGUGUCAGCCAGUUGAUUGCUGUGUCAUCAAGUUGAAUGCUUUGUCAGCUCGCUGAUAACUGUGUUAGCAAUUUAAUAUAUGUUUCAUCUAGUUGAUACCACUACAUCAAACUCAAGAAAGUUCUUUUAUUUUUGUUAUUGUUUUUUUUUAUCAAGAUAACAUUUCAAAGUUAUCGGUUAACGUAAUGCCUGUGUAUAAAAUCAACGCAGAACUCACACAUUCUUGCAGAUCUGAGGGGCUUGACCUGGCGAGUCUAUCUCAGAUCAACUUUGCAGAUUUGACCACUCGACCCGAGUGUAUGGUCCACUACGAAGAAAUUGAAGAUGCUAUCUACAUGGCCAACUGGCCUAGCUGCAUGACCGCGGGAAAGGUAUUUUUUUUUUUUAAUUUCCUAAGGUGUCAAGAGAUUUUCUGUUCCCCUUUGUCGUCUUUAAAUUAUAACUGAGAUAUGUUGACAAUAGAGACAUUCAUAUUCACGACCAUAUGCGCUAAUGACAGUGUGUUAUAAAGGAUAAAUCAAGUCUUGUUUUGAUAUAAUAAUAAUGAUAAAUACAGAAAUGAUAAAGUUAUCAAUAAGAUAUUAAUGUUUUCUUGCGUGUUGGCAGAAUGUCAAGUCAUCCUACCUAAUUUUUUAGUAUCACUUUCUCUGAUUUGGACAGUUUCGAGACUUGUUGAAAGACUCAGGCGCUCCGUUCUGUCAAAUGACUAGUGUUCUGUUAUGUCAAAGGUUUUCAGUGUUCCGUCCUGUUAAAGGAUUUUAGCGUUCCCUUCAGUGGCCCGUUCUGCCGAAGGACUUCAGCGCCCCGUUCUGCCGAAGGAAUUCAGCGCCCCGUUCUGCAGAAGGACUUCAGCGCCCCGUUCUGCCGAAGGACUUCAGCGCCCCGUUCUGCCGAAGGACUUCAGCGCCCCGUUCUGCCGAAGGACUUCAGCGCCCCGUUCUGCCGAAGGACUUCAGCGCCCCGUUCUGCCGAAGGACUUCAGCGCCCCGUUCUGCCGAAGGACUUCAGCGCCCCGUUCUGCCGAAGGACUUCAGCGCCCCGUUCUGCCGAAGGACUUCAGCGCCCCGUUCUGCCGAAGGACUUCAGCGCCCCGUUCUGCCGAAGGACUUCAGCGCCCCGUUCUGCCGAAGGACUUCAGCGCCCCGUUCUGCCGAAGGACUUCAGCGCCCCGUUCUGCCGAAGGACUUCAGCGCCCCGUUCUGCCGAAGGACUUCAGCGCCCCGUUCUGCCGAAGGACUUCAGCGCCCCGUUCUGCCGAAGGACUUCAGCGCCCCGUUCUGCCGAAGGACUUCAGCGCCCCGUUCUGCCGAAGGACUUCAGCGCCCCGUUCUGCCGAAGGACUUCAGCGCCCCGUUCUGCCGAAGGACUUCAGCGCCCCGUUCUGCCGAAGGACUUCAGCGCCCCGUUCUGCCGAAGGACUUCAGCGCCCCGUUCUGCCGAAGGACUUCAGCGCCCCGUUCUGCCGAAGGACUUCAGCGCCCCGUUCUGCCGAAGGACUUCAGCGCCCCGUUCUGCCGAAGGACUUCAGCGCCCCGUUCUGCCGAAGGACUUCAGCGCCCCGUUCUGCCGAAGGACUUCAGCGCCCCGUUCUGCCGAAGGACUUCAGCGCCCCGUUCUGCCGAAGGACUUCAGCGCCCCGUUCUGCCGAAGGACUUCAGCGCCCCGUUCUGCCGAAGGACUUCAGCGCCCCGUUCUGCCGAAGGACUUCAGCGCCCCGUUCUGCCGAAGGACUUCAGCGCCCCGUUCUGCCGAAGGACUUCAGCGCCCCGUUCUGCCGAAGGACUUCAGCGCCCCGUUCUGCCGAAGGACUUCAGCGCCCCGUUCUGCCGAAGGACUUCAGCGCCCCGUUCUGCAGAAGGACUUCAGCGCCCCGUUCUGACGAAGGACUUCAGCGCCCCCUUCUGACGAAGGACUUCAGCGCCCCGUUCUGCCGAAGGACUUCAGCGCCCCGUUCUGCAGAAGGACUUCAGCGCCCGGUUCUGUCAGUGAAGAACUUAAACAAUUCCUACAUAACUUUUCACCUGUACGUCAGCGCCGUCAAUACAACUAUAGUUUGCAACAACAAACUUGUAAACUACGAAGAAGUCUUAGAAAGAUCAGCUGCUUCAAUUCGUGGAAGUCGUAAGAAAGAGCGGAACGCAGAUUCUGAAAAAAACAACAGUUUUUUAAGGGGACAUCCUACUCCAACCAAAAUACACAGUUUCCCUUUGAAGACGUUACUGUUGGACUUGCAGGAAGUCAUUUAAAAAAAAAAAAAGAAAUUCAAUUAAUUAGGCUGCCACUUAGGAGAGUUAAAAAAAAACCUGUAAAAGUGGCCCCAAAAAAAUUAAAAACUCCGUCAGUAACAAUGGCGAACACUUAAUUUUUUUAACUAAUUUCUAUUUCAUGUCGUAUUUUCAUUUGUCCCACCGCUGAAGAUGCUCUUUUCUUCGUGCUUCUCUGAUUGUCCUGUCUGUCGCUUCAAGCUUCCGCAUACCAUGAACGAAGGCCUUCAUUUAUUUAUUUUUUUAAACAGACAAAGAGACGUGAAUACCACACGGUUCUCGAUGCCAUGCAGUUAUUUCAGAACAACUUUAAUGCUUACCAAAUUAACAUUCUCUUUAUUUCAGACUCAAGUCAGCUACACAGUCACACUGACGUGCAAAUCUUUGAGUUUCGCGUCGUUUUUGAAUCUGUAUCCAGAAAA